GCUCAAGAUAUCAAGCAGGUCGUCCAGACCUUGGCCCAGGGGACCCCAGACGCCCAGCGCGACGCCAUCUACCGCUACUUUGCUCCCGGCGCUGCUUUUGAACACCCCUUCUGCCGCGUUCCAUCUUUCAAGAACCUGCACAUUCCCGGCGUGGGCAGCUUCGACUCGCGCGUGCUCAUUGCUGCCAUCUACCGGUGUCCAAAGAUCGAGCUCGAGAUCGAAUCAUGCGUCCACGAUGAGCGCGCCAAUCUCCUCUACCUCACCAUCUUCCAGGUCUUCUCCAUCUGGUUCAUCCCCUUCCACCGCGCCCCGGUCCGCCUCGUCUCCGAGAAGCGGCAGGCCGUGCAGGAGGGCGCCGAGCCGAGCUACGCGGCCGUCACGGCCGGCGACGCUCCCGCCUCCGAUGCCGCCUGCUCCUCGGCGGCCGGGCCGCCGACGCGCUACGUCAUCGACAGGCAGCAGGACCUGUACCAGGUGAACGAGUUCCUCAGGUUCGUCACCCUCCAGCCCGGCUCCGCCGCCGCCGGCUUCCUGCAGCUGGUGGCGACCUUGAUGUGCCUGCUCGGCGCCACCCUGUUGAGCCCGCUCAUAAACACCGUCUGG